AUGCUCCGCCUGCAGCGUCGAGCUCGCGUGCCGCCCGCGCACCUGCGGCGUCUGCAGCACACGGCCGCGGCCGCCACUGCCACCUCUGCGUCCUCCACUUCCUCCACCUCUUCCUCCUCCACGGGCGCCGACUCGUCCAAUGGCGGCAGCGGAGAGGAGCCGCCCAAGUACAAGCCCGGCUGGUUCAGCCGCAACCCGGGCGUCACGCUGGGCGGCAUCCUGCUGGGCAGCGGCUGCUACAUCUACCGCGGCUCGCGCGGCAAGAAGAACUUCGAGGCGCUGCAGACGCCCAUCGCCGAGGCCGCCAUGAUCUCGCCCUACGAGGCCUGGGAGCUGCGCAGCAGCAACAACAUCACGCCCGAGACCUUCGAGGACGUACGCGGCGGCGUGGCGCGCGCCUUCCCGUCGGGCAAGGCCUCGAUGCAGCACUUCGACCAGUACCUGGGCUUCAAGCUGGCCCAGGCCUGCCCCGCGGGCGUGAGCAAGGCCUACCACCUGGAGCGCGUGCUGCUGAGCCUCGAGCAGGACACCGACCGCAAGAGCGACGUGGACGCGCAGAUGGUGGCCUUCUCCAUGGCCGUCAAGGGCGCCGUGGACGAGCGCCUGCGCAUCCUCUUCAACUUGGCCACGAACGCGCCGCCCGGCGAAGCGCUCAACGCCAAGAGCGAGGACGAGAAGAAGGAGGAGGCGGACACGCGCGAGAUGACGCAGGAGCAGCUGGAGCGCCUGCUGCACCUGCUGCUCGAGACGUACCAGAUCCCGUCCGAGAAGCGCGUGCUCGCGGUGGAGGGCGCCAAGUACCCGUUCCAGGAGUACGUGGCGGCCACGCCCUCGGACAUGCUCAAGGCCGCGGUGCAGGCGCAGGUGGCCGACAAGAAGAUCACGGAGGAGGAGGCGCGCGAGCGCCAGGCCUACACGUUCGAGGCCUUCUCGCAGAUCAUGCGCGGCAAGACCGUGUGCCUCUGGGGCGAGUGCUUCUCCAACAGCAAGAAGAAGAUGAAGAACUAG